AUGGGCAAAUAUAAUAAGCGCACGGACUCUUCUCAAAGGGAAAAGGAAGAGGAAUUGGACGACAUAUUUUCGACGGAUCUCGGUGACGACGAUAACAUUGGUCUAAGAAAGCGAAGUGGCGCUUCAAUUCUGCAAGGUCAACACGACAAAUACUUUGCCUGUCACUUUGGGGAUAUUAAAGUCGAUGGCGAUUCAGCCAAGAAUGACAAUCGUUUUGUGAAAGUUCUCAAGGAUAUCUGGGACACGCGGAACAGGAAGACAAUGGAGGAUAAGCAAACUCAGAUCAAAACUACCGUCCGUGAUCUGGUGAUCCACUUGAUGUUCAUUGCUGUUAUUCUAACCAUUGCGCUGCUGCCAACUCUCUUCUUGAAGACCCACUUCUUCACGGACAUCACGAAAUUGCUGUUUCCUCCAAGUGCCCCUAGAGACAAGUCCUUUUCAAACAUCAAGAACUGGCCACAGAUGUGGCGGUACAUCCAAGAGGACUUUUUGGAAGCGACCUACACCAGCGAUUCGAAGAGGUUGCAGAUGAAUUCGUUGGUGGGUCGUCCACGAAUUCGCCAGGUGCGUGUGCAAUCCACCGACUGCGAGACACCCGAUUACCUUCAAGCCGGCCUUCCCCGCUGCUUCCCGAAUUUCAGCCCAAAUCUCGAGAGCAGACAACCACUGGUGCCUGGCAAUAACCAGAGCACCACAUUCAGCAAACCCGCGUGGACAUGGAGGAGUGCAUCUGAGUCCAAGCUUAGAGGCGUCGCCGGCACGAUAGCCAGUUACACUGGCUCCGGGUACUACCUCGACCUGGCUUCCUCGCGCUCCGAAGCAAAAGCAAUGCUGAACGAGUUGAAACACGGUCUCUGGGUUGGCAAGAUUUUGUUCGAGACGCCUUACACAGGCGGAGUGAUUGCAUCGGCCGACUUUCGGACAAUGUACCUACUCCGUCAACACUCUGUCGCAGAAUACGUGAUUUUCGUCUGUGAACUGACCCUGCUGGCGUUUGUCAUCUACUAUGUUGUCAUCAAGAAGCUAGGACUGGCCUACUUUUGCCAGUUCUGGAACCUGCUUGCCUUGGGGAUCAUUGCGCUGAGCAUCGCCUGUGUCGGUCUCAACUUCUACAACCGCAUUUUCGUCCGUAGACUGUUAGCAAGGGGAAUAAAACAUUAUGGUAUCUACCCCGAAUUCGUCAGCAUCGGCUUCAUUUCACUGCAGUACAACCGCGUGCUCACUCUCCUUGUGUUCUUCUCUCUUGUUCAGAUUUUUAAAUACGUGACCUUCAGUGAAACUAUGGGACAAUUAAUCGCAACUCUCAACUACGCGUUGUACGAUAUGUUCGGAUUCACCGUCAUGUUCACGAUUGUCUUUGCUGCCUUUGCACAAGCGGGGACGCUAAUGUUUGGUCAAACGAAUCCGGAAUUCAAGUCAUUUGAUUUAACCGCCUUCACGCUUUACCGAAUCAUUCUCGGUGACUUCGAUAUUGAAGCAAUACAAGAGGCGCACAUCGUCCUUGGACCGGUCUACUUCAUCAUUUACAUUUUCUUCGUGUUUUUUGUCCUCCUCAACAUGUUCCUCGCUAUCAUUGGGGAGGCCUACGCAAAAGUUAAGAAGGACAUGGUUAAACGCAAGAAUGACUUCAAGUUCAUUGGCUACGUUCGCCAUAGUGCAAAGCAGUUUUUGGCGAGGCUGUCGAAGAAAAAACGGAUGCCGCUGGACAAAGUCUUGGACUCAGCUGGAGUGGGCGACCAGAUGGAGCUAAGUUUCGGCAACUGGAGACGCGCAAUGAAAUCAGCCGGUUACUCGGAGAUGGAAAGCAACUUCCUUUUCCACAAAUACGACAAAGACGGUGACAAUGUGCUAAGCUUCCUGGAAUGUCGAAAAAUGCGUGAGGACAUGUCAAUGGGGACUGCUUUUCAACCCGACGACUCUGACGACGAGGAGAACAACGACGCAGGCGAGAAGAAAACAUCCCUUUGUGAUUACGACACAAACGUGUUUGCUGAUCCCGAGGACUGCGAGGAGUUGAACGAGCGCAUAGCCGAUGUGGAGGUGAAGGUCAACACCGUGGUGCAGCACAUCUCCAGGAUUCUUGCACAGAUGGAGAAGCUGGAGAGACGGCGACGCGAGACAGAACGCGCCAUCUUGAGCGGCGUCCUGUGA